CUACCUUCUGGAGCAGCGAGACGUGGAGGUCAAUGUCCGUGACAAGUGGGACAGUACCCCCCUGUAUUACGCUUGCCUCUGUGGACAUGAGGAGCUUGUACACUAUCUUCUAGCCAAUGGAGCGAGGUGCGAGGCCAACACCUUCGACGGGGAGCGCUGUUUGUACGGAGCCCUGAGCGACGCCAUCCGCCGCCUGCUGAAGGAGUACAAGCAGAUCACGGCCAAGUGCAUGAGGAGAGACUACUACGAUGUCUUCCUGCAGCGGUUGCUGGAGCAGGGUUACCAAAGUGACAUCGUUUUCAUUGUCCAUGGCAAGUCCUUCUGUGCCCAUCGCUGCGUUCUCGGCGCGCGCAGCCCCUACUUCGCAGAAAUGUUUGAGACCAAAUGGAAGGGGAAGAACAUGAUAGUGUUGAAGCAUCCACUGAUAAAUCCAGCCGCCUUUGGCUCUCUUCUGCAGUAUCUAUACACAGGUCGUCUUGAUAUCGACGUAGAAUAUGUGAGUGAUUGCAAGAGGUUAGCCAAGCAGUGCCGGCUGCAGGAUCUCAUAGAUGAUUUGGAGACCAAAUGUAAAAAAGUCUAUGAAUUUGUCUCUUCCAAGCCAGGGACCUGUGUGAAAGUGCUGACGAUUGAGCCCACAGGUAACUGCCAGCUGCAGGAAGAUCUGGCUCUUCUAGCAGACUGCGCCCUGCCAGCCGAGCUGAGGGUUGGUUUUGGGGAGUUGCCAUUUGACAGCACUGACAACUUUGACAGUUGUCCCGACGUGUGUUUCCGGGUGGCAGAUUACAACUUUUUGUGUCAUAAGGCAUUUUUCUGUGGUCGCAGUGAUUAUUUCAAAGCCCUUCUUGAAGACCAUUUCAGUGAGAGUGAGGAGCUGCAGACACAGCCCAGCAUCCCUGUGGUGACUCUCCACAACAUCUCAGAAGACAUCUUCAUCCGGGUCCUCUACUACAUCUACAGUGACGACACAGAGCUGUCCCCAGAAAACGCCUAUGAGGUGCUGUGUGUGGCAGACAUGUACCUGCUGCCCGGGCUCAAGCGCCUUUGUGGCAGGACCUUGGCUCAGAUCCUCGAUGAGGACAACAUUGUCAGCAUCUGGAAGAUUGCAAAGCUGUUCCAGCUGACCCGACUGGAGGACCAGUGCACCGAGUACAUGGCAAAGAUCAUCGAGAAGCUGGUGGAGUUGGAGGAGUUUGCAGCUGCUGUGAAGGAGAGCGCAGAGGCUGUGGAGGAGCGGCAGGAGACCGAUUCCAUUCCUCUGGUUGAUGACAUCCGCUUCCACAUCACCAGCAACGUGCAGACUUACAGUGCCAUCGAGGAAGCCAACCAGAAACUGGAAGCUCUGGAGAAUCUCCUGGCCAGUAUAGGGCUUGAGUGCUGAAGUGGGCAAACCCUGCCUGUGAGAUUCAGCCUUCGUAGCUCCCGCUGCAUUGGCCUGGAGUGCAAGAACGUCCGAGGCUCUGAAUGUCUCUGGUCCCCUUCUUUGUCCCUCUUCCCAUCCACUUUC